UAUUUGAAAAGCCGCACCGGUUGUGAUGCACGCUGCUGCAUCUUUGUUUUCAAGGCGUAAUAAAACAGGAAUUGUAUGCCUUGUGAUAGCGUAUGUUAAUUAUCAACUUGAGUAGAAGUUACCACUAUUCCAGCUUGAAGAUUUUCAUGACAUGUACACGGAUGAACUUCUAAUGAUACCGGCACAGCGUUAACUUGAAUUUUGGUGCAGCCACUGACUCCCAGCGAAGAUGUUCCUGUACAACCUGACCCUGCAGCAUGCGACGGGCAUCACGCACGCCGUGCACGGCAACUUUUCCGGCAGCAAGCAGCAGGAGAUCGUCGUCUCGCGCGGCAAGAUCCUCGAGCUGAUGCGGCCCGACGCGAACACGGGCAAGAUCCACACGCUGCUCAGCAUCGAGGUGUUCGGCAUCGUGCGCGCGCUCAUGGCGUUCCGGCUCACCGGCGGCAACAAGGACUACAUCGUCGUCGGCUCCGACUCGGGCCGCAUCGUCAUCCUCGAGUACCAGCCGCAGAAGAACGUCUUCGAUAAGGUGCACCAGGAGACGUUCGGCAAGAGCGGCUGCCGGCGCAUCGUGCCCGGCCAGUACCUCGCGAUCGACCCGAAGGGCCGCGCCGUCAUGAUCGGCGCCGUUGAGAAGCAGAAGCUCGUCUACAUCCUGAAUCGCGACGCACAGGCGCGGCUCACCAUCUCGUCGCCGCUCGAGGCGCACAAGUCGAGCACGCUCGUCUACCACAUUGUCGGCGUCGACGUCGGCUUCGAGAACCCGAUGUUCGCGUGCCUCGAGAUCGACUACGAGGACGCCGACCACGACCACACGGGCGAGGCGGCGGCCGCGACGCAGCAGACGCUCACGUACUACGAGCUCGAUCUCGGGCUGAACCACGUCGUGCGCAAGUACAGCGAGCCGCUCGAGGAGCACGGCAACUUCCUCAUCUCGGUGCCCGGCGGCAACGACGGCCCGAGCGGCGUGCUCAUCUGCUCGGAGAACUACGUCACCUACAAGAACCUCGGCGACCAGCCGGACAUCCGCAUGCCGAUCCCGCGCCGACGCAACGACCUCGACGACCCCGAGCGCGGCAUGAUCUUCGUCAACUCGGCGACGCACAAGACGAAGUCGAUGUUCUUCUUCCUCGCGCAGACCGAGCAGGGCGACGUCUUCAAGAUCACGCUCGAGACGGACGAGGACAUGGUGACGGAGAUCCGCAUCAAGUUCUUCGACACGGUGCCCGUCGCGACGUCGAUGAGCGUGCUGCGCACCGGCUUCCUCUUCGUCGCGGCCGAGUUCGGCAACCACUACCUCUACCAGAUCACGUCGCUCGGCGACAACGACGACGAGCCGGAGUUCUCGAGCGCGAUGCCGAUUGAGGAGGGCGACACGUUCUUCUUCGCGCCGCGGCCGCUGCGCAACCUCGUGCUCGUCGACGAGCUCGACAGCCUCUCGCCGAUCAUGAGCUGCCAGAUCAUGGACCUCGCAAACGAGGACACGCCGCAGCUGUACGUCGCGUGCGGGCAGGGCGCGCGCUCGUCGCUCCGCGUGCUGCGCCACGGCCUCGAGGUCACCGAGAUGGCCGUCUCGGAGCUGCCGGGCAACCCGAACGCCGUCUGGACGGUGCGCAAGAACGUCGACGACGAGUACGAUGCCUACAUCAUCGUCUCGUUCGUCAACGCGACGCUCGUGCUCUCGAUCGGCGAGACCGUCGAGGAGGUGACCGACUCGGGCUUCCUCGGCACGACGCCGACGCUGUCCUGCUCGCAGCUCGGCGACGAUGCGCUCAUACAGGUCUACCCGGACGGCAUCCGGCACAUCCGCGCUGACAAGCGCGUCAACGAGUGGAAGUCGCCGGGCAAGAAGACGAUCAGCAAGUGCGCCGUCAACCAGCGGCAGGUCGUCAUCGCGCUGACGGGCGGCGAGCUCGUCUACUUCGAGAUGGACCCGACGGGCCAGCUGAACGAGUACACGGAGCGCAAGGAGAUGUCGUCGGACGUGAUCUGCAUGUCGCUCGCGAGCGUACCCGGCGGCGAGCAGCGCUCGAGAUUCCUUGCCGUCGGCCUCGCCGACAACACGGUGCGCAUCAUCUCGCUCGACCCGUCCGACUGUCUGUCGCCGCUGAGCAUGCAGGCGCUGCCGGCGCCGUCCGAGUCGCUGUGCAUCGUCGAGAUGGGCGGCGUCGAGGCGACGGAGGACGAGAGCGCCGGCGCGCAGGGCCAGUUGUUCCUCAACAUCGGCCUGCAGAACGGCGUGCUGCUGCGCACGGUGCUCGACCCCGUCACGGGCGACCUGUCGGACACGCGCACGCGCUACUUGGGCGCGCGGCCCGUCAAGCUGUUCCGGCUGCGCAUGCAGGGCAACGAGGCCGUGCUCGCCAUCUCGAGCCGCACGUGGCUCAGCUACACGUACCAGUCGCGCUUCCACCUGACGCCGCUCUCGUACGAGUCGCUCGAAUUCGCGUCGGGCUUCGCUUCGGAGCAGUGCCCCGAGGGCGUCGUCGCGAUCUCGACUAACACGCUGCGCAUCCUCGCGCUCGAGAAGCUCGGCGCCGUCUUCAACCAGCUGUCGUACCCGCUGCAGUACACGCCGCGCCGCUUCGUGCUGCACGCCGAGUCGAACAGCCUCGUUGUCAUCGAGACCGACCACAACGCGUACACGGACGAGACGAAGCGGCAGCGCAAGGCGCAGAUGGCCGAGGAGAUGAAGGAGGCGGCCGGCGACGAGGAGAAGGAGCUCGCCGACGAGAUGGCGCAGGCCUUCCUCAACGAGACGCUGCCCGAGAGCGUGUUCGGCUCGCCGAAGGCCGGCGUCGGCAUGUGGGCGUCGCUGAUCCGCGUCGUCUCGCCCGUCUCCGGCGAGACGCUGCAGAAGAUCGCGCUCGAGCAGAACGAGGCGGCGUUCAGCAUCGCGACGUGCCGCUUCGCAAACCGCCACGACGAGCAGUUCGUUCUCGUCGGCACGGCGAAGGACCUGCAGCUGAGCCCGCGGCAGUGCAGCAGCGGCUACAUCCGCACGUACCGCGUGUCCGAGGACGGCCGCCUCGAGUUCCAGCACCGCACGGUCGUCGAGGACGUGCCGUCGGCGAUGGUCGCCUACCAGGGCCGCGUGCUCGUCGGCAUCGGCCGGCUGCUGCGCAUCUACGACCUCGGCAAGAAGAAGCUGCUGCGCAAGUGCGAGAACAAGCACAUACCGAACUACAUCGUGACGAUCCACCUCGUCGGCACGCGCAUCGUCGUCGGCGACGUGCAGGAGAGCUUCCACUUUGUGCGCUACAAGCGCGACGAGAACCAGCUGAUCGUCUUCGCCGACGACACGUUCCCGCGCUGGAUCACGUGCGCGGCGCUGCUCGACUACGACACGAUCGCCGGCGCCGACAAGUUUGGCAACGUCGUCACCGUGCGGCUGCCGUCGGACGCGAACGACGACGUCGACGAGGACCCGACGGGCAACCGCUCGCUGUGGGACCGCGGCUGGUGCAACGGCGCCGCGCAGAAGUCUGAGCUCGGCACCAGCUUUCACGUCGGCGAGACCGUGCUCUCGCUGCAGAAGGUGACGCUGAUUCCCGGCGGCUCGGAGUCGCUUGUCUACACGACGCUGGCGGGCAGCAUCGGCAUGCUCGUGCCGUUCACGUCGCACGAGGACCACGACUUCUUCCAGCACCUCGAGAUGCACAUGAGGGCCGAGUAUCCGCCGCUGUGCGGCCGCGACCACAUGUCCUACAGGUCGUACUACUUCCCAUCUCUCUUUCCUUCGUAA